AGAACAACUAUUCACGAAACUAGUUAGCAUUUAAAUAUCAUGGAAUACGAUUUUGAAUCAGAUCUUAGUAGUCAUUUAGAUGGUUCCUUACCUGAUUUAGAAGAAGAUAUUGAGCUAAAUCCCGCUGUUAAUACAACUUCCAACGACCAUGGCGAUAAGUCUGAAAUGUUGACAUCUACCUUAAAAAGAAAGUUAGAAAAUGAACCAAUUGCUUCUGCUGAAACUAUCCAAAGAACAAUAACCAGUUCAAACAACUCUCAAAACACAUCUCAAGAUUUCUCAUUCACUUUGCUCAAUGAGCUGUUGAAUGACACCAAUACCAUGGAGUUACUGAGCACAAAAUGGCGUUCCUACUCUGAAACGGAUUCUUCUGAAUUCAUGCGUGGAUUUCUUAAUCUUAUACUGCUGUCGUGUAAUUGCCAACCUUUUUUAAAUCACUUUGACAUGGAGGAUACUGAAUCAAUACCUGAAACCCUAGCUCAAAUCCAAUCUUCAACUUUUAAUUCCAUUGCCAAUUUUGCAGAACCGUAUUUAUAUGCAUGCUCCACGGGUACAGGAAAGUCAUUUAGAACCAAACUUAGUUUUCUUGUUAAUGAGCUCAUUAAUAUGUCUAUAGAAAAGGAUAGGCUCUCAAGCUCAUCCUUCAUGGAAACUAUUAAAUCAUGGAUUUUGUGUAUGACAACUAGUCCAUGGUUAUCUAUCCGGCAUACUUCAAGUGCCAUUUCAUGCAUGUUCUACGUUGCACUCGCGAAUGCCCUUUCCAAAUUUGAAGAUGGUCGUGAUUUUGUUGAAGGGGAUGAAAAUCAAAGUUUAUUUGAGAAUCUCAAUUAUCUUUUGGAUGAUAUCUAUAAAAGUGCUAUUUUAAUUAGGAUACGCGAUACAAGGUCUAUUAUAAGGUUGGAAUGUUUUCUCGCAAUUCAUGAGUGUUGUCUACUGCUUCCAUCUCAUCUUCAAAACAGAUCAACGCUAUUGUAUCUCGGAUGGGGACUUUCUGAUACUGAUGCAAGAAUUCGAAAGGUUGCUUUAAAAAUCAUUCAACAGCUUUUUAUUACGGAGCGAAAACAAGAGUUAUCGGUUACUUCACUUAAUUUCUUAGAAAGAUUUUCUUCCAAAAUUGCAGAAAUUUGUAGGUAUGACAUUGAAAGUGUUCGCGCAAUAGCACUUCAAUUGUGCUUUCAAUUACUGGACCAUCAAUUGCUCAGCCAGGAUGAUAUUGAAUUGCUUUGUUUAUGCAUUUUUAAUAAAAAAGCUCAAAUUCGCUCGCCAAUUAUGAGGUUACUAGUGAGGUACUGUGAUCAAACCCUGGAAGGUUUUCUCAAACAAGCUACGAAAGAAACGAGUCUCAAAAAGAUUCUUUCACGAGAGAAUUAUAAAAUAUCCAAUUCUGCUUUCAAAAAUCUUUUCAAGGAAAACUUGAUUUUUUCUUUCAUUGCGCAGGCGCUGGAAACAUGGACUAUUGAAAACGUCCAAGCGAAUUCCUCACAAUCAGACGAUAGAAACUCAGUUUGGCCCUUUGGUUUCAACAUGGAAGCUAAAUAUUUGGAAAAUUCUGAGGAGUGGAAAGUAUACGAGGGCAGUAUGCUAUCUAUUCAUAAUGAAAUGAACUCAUUGGGUUCUUGGGAAGAAGUUCUUGGCUAUUUACUAUUUGACCAUGUUAAUCAUUUAAGCUGUAAUAGCAUUUUAAAAUCAUGUGCGCCAAAUGAGAAAAUAAUCGACUUCUUAUCUUCCUACGUGUAUUUCUGUCUUAACUUCAUCGAAAAGCCUUCUUUUUUAAAAAGAAAAUCAUCUGAGUCUGAUUAUACCUCAAAGCAGUUACAUUUAUUACAUGAGCUACCUCUUUUGAUGAAGAAAUAUCGAGAACGCAAUGUUGCAAGCUACUAUUUUAUUAAAAGUUUGGAUUAUAUCCAAGAGCAAACUCUCGCUUUACCAGAAUCUAAAAAAGAUAUGUUGGCUUUAUUGACAGAAGUGGAGUAUGCUGCUAAAGCAUCAAAUAAUUUCCAAAUAAAUCUAUUAUGCGGUGAAUUCUUUCACAGGAUAAUUAACCUGAACCUGAUAGCGACCGAAAUUCAACUAAAUAUAAAACUUUAUUUCGCUUCCGUGACAGAUAGUUUAAUGGAAGAACUACAAGAAUUCCUUGGAUAUAUCCAGUCAGGUCGGAAGGCAUCAAAUCAUGAUGAAAAGGUUGGUAAACUGGUAUUUCAUUUGAAAUCUUAUUGUGGUUUUAUUCGAAAUAUUCGUACCUCUUCUGAAAAAAGCGAUACCACCUUGCGUCUUGUCUCCCACCUAUUAGAUAUUUGCAGGCGGGAACAAAAUGAACUGCUCUUAUAUUCUUGCUUAAGGACUAUAUUUUUAUGCAUUCUUCCUGAAUUGAAUCAAAAACGUUCAAAGGAAAUUUUGGAAAAUUACUUCAGCGUGGUCGUUGAAGCAUCAGAACUGUUGUCUAAACGUACAGAAGAGCUUUUCACCGGAAAACUUUUUUCCACUAUUGUACUAUUAAGUGUCUACUUGGGAAAAUCGGUUCUGGAUGGCACAUCGCGACUUGAUGAUAAAGAGGUAAAUAACAUUAAAACAUUAAAUAUUGAAGAGCAGCUUAUGACACUUAAAAAUUUAUCAAAACAGUUAAAGACAAGAGAAUCAAACAGAUCAGUGCAGCCAUCAAUGCUAGAAGAUGAAAAGGAACAGGACUUAUGGAACAAUUUAUUUGAAGACUGGUAUCCUAAUCAUUGUAGGGAUCCCAUGCUUUUGGUUGAUUUAAUGCAAGGUUUAAAGAAACUUAUUCUAUAGCUUUAAUUUUAGGAUAUUUGUUUGUUUGAAGACUAGUCUGUUCAGAAGAGCUCAUCUUUUGAACAAAAACAUUGAGUCCCUCAGAACGGUUUCUAAGAGAAGUUAAACUGUUUCUGUGUGUAGGAUGUUUUUAAUUAAAGAAAUAAAACCAAGUUGAUCAUGCUUUAGCCUAAACGAG